UUGGUCUGGGCCACAGUUAGUCAUCACCUGUUGGGAAGUAAACAAAGAUGGGCGAAGUUCUCGUGAGUCUCAGUGAUAGAAUGAAAUAUACUAAGAACUGAGCGUGUAGAGAAUAUACUUCAGCUGUCAGCAGUAUUCGGGUUCACUCUCCCAUCAUGUUAGUGUACGAGCAGGAUGAAGUGUACACUAUUCCCACCUCACCAGAUGAACUCAAAGUUGGGGGUCGACUACGGAUCAUAGAAAAGCCUCACGGAGUGGUUGUGGAGUGGCGGUGUGCAGAUGAUGAAGCUUCCACAGACAGUGAUUGGGCAGUGAUCAACUCUGCUGCCGUCACUUUCACACACCAUAAUAUAUCAGAUUCUGUUGAAAUCUCCACACCAAGGCGAAAUGUGCGCCCGAUUUCCAUAGAACUCAUUGACCUUCGGAGUUACCGGUUAGGGCAAGAUGGAUCACUGGUGUUGAUUCAGCGGGAUGGGACCACUCACCCAGCAUUGGCCUUUCACUCAGGAUCGGUCUUGUGCUUUGUGGAAGUGUUACUCAGAUAUGUGGCUGUGAAAAAGUCUGAGAAAGACAGCAACUUGUUUCUGGUAAGUGACAAGAAGCAGGCAGCCCAGGAUGAAGAGCUACUAGCCAUGAACCUUGUGCCAUCACGCCAAGGCCCAGGUGCAGCAGGGGGAGCACACAGCCUUCCCACCACACACCAGCGGGUUUGGGGCUUCUUUAACAACUUCAAGCGUGACCCAUACACAGCUACUGCCGGUGCUCUCUCAAAGUUCUACGAUGCUGUCUUGUACACUGGAGUGGAGGAUUAUGUGAGAGAUUCAGAGAGCAGAGAAGAUGAUGUAGCAGAAAUCUUCCACAGUCUUAAUGGCUUUGAGGAUCUUGAGCCUGGGUUUGAGCUGUUGACAAAGAAGAGGUUUCUGAAUGAGAGGCCUCAGGUGGAGCGGCUCUCCCCAAUGACUCAUAGUGAAUUCCAGGAGUAUGUAGAUGAUGAUGGCAGGGUGCUGGAAGUGGACCAACUGAAGCAGCGCAUCUUUAGAGGGGGUAUCCACCCCAAUCUGAGGCGAGAGCUGUGGUGUUACCUUUUGGGGCACUAUGUGUGGAACCAGACAUACAUCCAGCGGGAAGAUAGGAAGCGGGAACGAGAGAAUCUGUACUACAUCAUGAAGCAGCAAUGGAAGACUGUCACUGAGGACCAGGAAAGUCGUUUUGGUGGCUUCAGAGACCGUCGAAGCCUCAUAGAAAAGGAUGUCAAUCGCACUGACCGCAACCAUCCAUUCUUCGAGGGUGAACACAACCCCAAUGUGACUCUCUUACACGACAUUCUCAUGACCUUCGUGAUGUACAACUUUGAUCUGGGAUAUGUGCAAGGGAUGAGUGAUCUUCUGGCUCCAAUCCUGUAUGUGACGCAAGAUGAGGCCACAGCAUUUUGGUGCUUUGUUGGCUACAUGGACAUGGUGUAUCGGAACUUUGACAUGGACCAGUCAGGGAUGAAGCAGCAACUGAAGGAUAUGCACCAGAUUGUCAGGCUAGUUGACCCAGAGCUCAUGUCUUACCUGGAGGUGCGGGACUCAGCCAACUUUUAUUUCUGCUUCCGCUGGCUCCUUGUUCGCUUCAAAAGGGAACUCAGCUAUGCCAAUACACUCAGGUUGUGGGAGGUGCUGUGGACAGGCCAUCCCUGCCCGAACUUCCACCUACUUGUAGCUGUGGCUCUCCUGGACACAGAGAAGGACACUAUUAUGGAGAACAAGUUUGGCUUCACAGAGAUUCUCAAGCACAUCAAUGACAUUUCCCUUCGCAUUGAUAUUGAUGGAACUCUGAAGAAGGCUGAGGCAAUAUACCUUCAAGUCCGGUCAUCACCUUGUGUGCCAGACUCAGUAAGGACAGUGCUCAACCUCCCAGCACAGGAACCCCGGCCUUCCCCCCCAUGGCCUCCCCAGAAGAAUGAUCGCAGUGGAGAUAGUGAUGGUAAUGGUGGAGGUAAGCCAGCCAGCAGCAAUGAAGAUACAACAGACACUGGUGGGGAUGUGGUGGAGGCCCUUAGCAGCCUGGGAAUCGUGGGCGUGGUGAGCAACAUGAUUGGCUCAGCUGUGCGGCACCUCAGUGGAGAUGAUGACAUGAUAGAUGCACAUCUAGAGGUCCCCCAACAAGAAAGGCAGCAAGAAGAGGAGAGGGAAGGCUGCUUUGAAACAGCCCUCAGUCAUCAAUUUGUAUAGUACUUUAAGUCUCCGGGUAACAUCAGUUCAGAAAUGAUGUGCUCUUUGUACAGAUAGAUAGUGAAUUAAUUAUUCCAGUUUAUAAUAAAACAUUUUUUGUACAGGAUGUUGUAGUUUAUAUUAUGCUUUGUUCAGGUGCAUGGGGACGUGUCCUGUUGUGGUGAGGAGGGAUCUGUGUUGCCAUCACCAUCAGUCAUAUUUUCGUAAGUGCAAGAAGGGAGAAGUUUGAAACAUGUUAUGUAUUUGUUAUUGAAUCAUGAAAAAUAAGUGUUCAUUUUGCAAAGUUCUUCCUGAUAUUAUUACUUAAUGCAAGGCUGCUUUAUGUUCUGUAUUAUUUGUACAACUAGCAAAGCUGAGCUAAUGACUGAACAUGUUACCAGCUGCGCAAAAAUAUUUUAUUUGUUGUGAAUAUCAGAUCAUAUUAGAAUGCUUUGAUGUAAGAAUAUAUUUUUUAUUAAUUUAUUAUAAUAAAUUGCAUGUAAGUCAUCACACAAAGUGAAGCUGGUAGACAUUUGUAAGACUAAGAGAGGGAAUGCUGUGUUGUGUCCUUGGUGAUAAGGCCACAAAGGCAUGGGUGCUACAUUGACUUGCUUUACUGUGCCACAUAUUAAAAGGCUCUCCAAAAAUCUUUCAUAGGAAUAUAUUUGCAAUAUAAUUUAAUGAAAGCUUUGAGUUUUUUUUUUUUCAAGUUGAUUCUAAAAAAUGAAGUUUUAUUACAAGCUAAACUUUAAUAAUAGUAUAUUUAUACAUGUUAGUACAUUGACAAUAGAAGAUUGGCAUAUGAAAGUAAACAGUAAGGUUUAUACAUAUACUGUAAUCUGAAGUAUUUGUUAAGAUGACAUAUUUAUGUGUACUAUAUAACUAUAUUUUUAUCAAAUAGCAUAUUAUGCAUUCACUCUUGCUCAUGAAACAUGAAUUAAUUAGUGUAUUUUGGAGAUACCUCUGAGAGGGAGAUUGUUAGAUACUUGAGUUUGAUAUUGACUUUCAUUUCACAUUCUUUUACUGACAUCAGAAUGUGACUAUCCCGUCCACUGGCAGAAUUAGGUGGAUGAACCCUGGCAUACUCUGCUGUGGGUGAGGGGAAGAAGGGACUUGAGACCAUAAUGUUGUCAGUUGCUCAAGAUUGCCUUUACAUUUUAAUCCUGUAAGAAUGUGUACUUGCUGCAAGAUCCCAAAUGCACUAACUGAAUGUUGUUGUUAGAUAAGACUUGAGUGAAUGUAAAAAUUUAAUAUAUAUAUUAUUUUAUAUUUUGUACAUUUCUGUGAUACAUUACUGGGGAAAGUGAUGAUUUUAUUUUAUUGGUAUUAUGUCAGUGUUGACACUGUUGUGUCAGUGUAUCAGGACUAACCCAUUCAUUGGUAGGUGGACAGAGAAAUCACAUUGCAACUCUGUGACAAAUCCUGUGAUGCAGGUCAUGGGAGUAGGGAGUGUCACUGACUGAACUGUGACCACGGGUAAGCCAUGGGAUGGGUGGGCUACAACACAGCCUUUAGUGACAAAGGUAAUGCCUGAUAGUAAUGACAUGGUAGUAAGUUAAAGCAUGGGGAUUUCUUUGGAUAGCCAAUAAUUUUUAUAUUAUUGUUUCUGCAGUUAGCAGUCCUUUUUAUCCAGCUAUAACAAACUGAAUGUGUGGAUUUUUAAAUAUGAAGGCAUUUCAGCUGAAGAAGUUACAGCACUUGAACUUAGUAAUUUCUUGCUUAUUUAUCUUAUUCAACUUAAUUUUGUCUUACUUUUAAAGUAUGAUUUAAAGUAAUUGUGGAAUACCAUAAAGUUAAUGUUCUGUGUACUAAUUCAUAGAUUUUGUUUUUUCAUGUUUGUCAGUCUUAACUAGUACCAAAAAAUCCACCAUUCAUGGACACAUUAUAUAGGAAAUCUGAGAUGACAUGAAUUGUGUGAAAAUAAAUUACUAUUUGUAUAUUAUUGGCAAUGCUUGUUUUUUUGUCACAGCAUUCAUGUAUGAUGUACAAAAUACUGAUAAAAUAGUGCAUCAUAAUUUUCUUUAAUAAGUAAAAAAAAAUAAAUAAAUAAAUGCAAUAACA